GAAACGGAUAACCAGCACGACGCUUUAGCAUCAUCAUCAUGUCGACGGGGCCGGAGCGCGACGAGGCGUUAUCGCAAGCGUUCUUUGAAUCGAUCGUCGCGUCGGCGCCCACAACCGCCGACCAGCACGACCGGCAGUACCUGAUCCAACACCUCCUGCCGUGCCUCGUGCCAGCUUUGACCAGUCUACUCCGGGCAGAAGAAGAGGUCCAGACGCGAAAAGGCCGAGGGGAGAACGCGCUCACCAUCAAGCCACUCGACUACCUCGCCAAGUACUUGUAUCGCCACAACCCACGGCACGCAGAGCCUUCGGAAGAGACCAAGAUGCUGACGCGAUUAGCCAAGAAACUCGUAGGGUAAUCGAUCGUGCAUAUACGUUCUUUUCGAUUACGACGUGUCGGGGGAUGCAACGGGAGAUGGGGACGCGACAUCAGGAGACGAAAGGGGAGAGAUGUAACCUUCGUCGUCGUCGUCGUCGUCGUC